GUGCCUCUGCUGCUGCAGCCGCGAAAGGUUUAGGCAUUCAUGGAUAUUUAGGUCAUCCUGGCUAUGGACAUCUAGGUGCUUCUGCUGCUGCAGCCGCGAAAGCUUUAGGCACUCAUGGAUAUUUAGGUUAUCCUGGCUAUGGACAUCUAGGUGCCUCUGCUGCUGCAGCCGCGAAAGCUUUAGGCACUCAUGGAUAUUUAGGUUAUCCUGGCUAUGGACAUCUAGGUGGUCCUGCUGUUGUACCCGCACCGAAUGCAGUUGUUCCAGGCUAUUUAGGUCAUCCAGGCUAUGCACUUCCAGGUGGUCCUGCUGCUGCAGCCGCAGCGAAUGCAGGUGUUCCAGGCUACUUAGGUCAUCCAGGUUAUGCUCUUCCAGGUGGUUCGGCUGCUGCUGCUGCUGCAGCCGCACAGAAUGCAGGUGUUCCAGGCUAUGCACUUCCAGGUGGUUCGGCUGCUGCUGCUGCUGCUGCAGCCGCACAGAAUGCAGGUGUUCCAGGCUAUGCACUUCCAGAUGCCUCUGCUGUUGCGACCGCUCAGGGCUAUGAUCAUGCAGUUUCACAAGCCCGUGCAGACACACUAGCUUACAAUAUUAAACAAAACUAUGAAGCUAAGAAAUUCUUUGGGAGUGCCUCUGGUGCUGCAGGUGCAGCAAGCUCAGGAUUUGUGAAAAGGUCUGUAGAUGGUGAAGGCAAUGCAGAUCCACAAAGCUAUGGAUUUCAAGGUAUUGGAUCUGGGAUUUUGUCCGCACUUACAGCAUCUGACCUUUUAAAAGAAGUUAUUUUGGGAGUGCCCGAGCUACUGGCAAUUGAAACAUUGAAUUGGCUUUUUCUGGGCUGA